AUGGCAUUCAACUUCAACUGGUCGCCCCUGACGGCCGACGCCGAGUUCUACAAGCGCGCGCAGGAGCUGCUAACCGACGCCCUCAAUAAGUCGCCGAAGCCGCCCAUCAUCGUCGAUGACAUCCUCGUCACCGAGUUCAACCUGGGCUCCGUGCCGCCCGAGCUGGAGAUUCUCGAGAUCGGCGACCUGGCCGAGGAUAGGUUUCGCGGCAUCUUCAAGAUGUGCUACUCCGGCGAUGCCUUCCUGACCCUGCGGACGAGAGUGCAGGCAAACCCCCUGAACACAUACCUCUCAGCCAAGCCUAGCUUCACCUCACCACAGCCGCUGGCAGCUGCUGCGGGCCUCACGAUACCACUGUCCAUCACGCUGUCAGAGAUCAAGCUAUCAGCCUUCAUCAUCUUGGUCUUCUCGAAACAGAAGGGUCUCACUCUGGUCUUCCGCAAUGAUCCGCUUGAGUCUCUCAAGGUCUCUUCGACCUUUGACUCAAUCCAGUUUGUCCGGGAUUACCUUCAAAGAACAAUUGAAGGUCAACUCAGGAAUCUGAUGAUGGAUGAGCUACCGGCCAUUAUUCACAAGCUUUCCUUGCGGCUGUGGUGUCCUGAUCAACUGCCGAGGGAAGAGGAGACGCACAAAGAGGGUGUGGAUGAUGAGACCGUCGUUGAUCCGUUUGCAAAUCUGCCAGAAGAAGCAGUCGACUCGAAUGGGCAUGUGCUUGAUGCCAACGAGCUCGCAUCCUUGUCUCUGAAUGGUGGGCCGGAAACACAAUCGUUGUUUUCUCAGAAGAACCUCCUGAAGUUGGCUGCUCUUACCGACUCUCAGCGGACAUUAUCUUUAUUCACUCCGGGAAUACAAAAUGCGAUGUUCAGGGCUUGGACCGGACCAAUGGAACGACAAGAGACAGGCACAUCUACGCCUCUUGCUGCUCCAAGUCUCAUGCGCAUGCAAUCUGUGCAGGGAAGCUCGACGACAUACACCUUUACAGACUCGAGUAGCACGGACCAAGGUGGCCUACCCUCACGGCCAUCCUUGACCAGUUUCAACACAGCUACCACUGGCAUAUCUCUCGGGGCUGGUCGACACCCGAGGAACCAGCGGAAAAAGAAAACCCGUGUGGUCAACCUUCGUCGCCCUAAGACUGGUGGCGAGGCGAGCAGCGAUUAUGGUGAUACCGAAACGUUAUCGGACGCGACAUCCGUUGCCGGUCCAAGCUCUGAGCCCAUCAUGCCCACAUCAAUCCCUGAAGAGCCGGAAGAGGCGAGACCAGCACACAUGUCUUCUUCGGGCAGAGUCCGCUUCAGUGCUGACAGCAGAGGAUUGCAAACUCGGUCACCUCUGAACAUGGACAUCUACGAAGACCCCACCAAGACAGCAACAUCUCCUAUAAGAUCCACUGAGAACGAGGAAAGCACCCUUUCAGCCCAGCAAGACAAGGCCAUGGAGGCAGCCGCCUCAUCAAAGAACCCCUUUAACUUGGAGCGACGGCGGCCAGCCGGCUCUGACACAUCAUCUGUGAUUCUGGAGCAAGCCUGGAUCAUGAAGAUGGCAGGCGAGAUCGCUCGUCGAGUAUACGACGAGAAGCAAGAAAACGGCAAGCUGUGGGAUGAGCGUGAUGAUGCGCCACCCCCGGCUUACGAAGCAACACAAUAG